AUGGCUGGAGGAAACUGGACAAGAGUUGAGGAGUUUAUCCUCAUGAGCUUCUCUUCCCUACCUACUGAAAUACAGUCAUUGCUCUUCCUGACAUUUCUAAUCAUCUACCUGGUCACCCUGAUGGGAAACAGCCUCAUCAUUCUGGUUACCUUGGCUGACCCCAUGCUGCACAGUCCCAUGUACUUCUUCCUCAGGAACUUGUCCUUCUUAGAGAUUGGCUUCAACCUAGUCAUUGUGCCCAAGAUGUUGGGGACCCUGCUUGCCUGGGACACAACCAUCUCCUUCCUUGGCUGUGCCGCACAGAUGUAUUUCUUCUUCUUCUUUGGAGUUGAUGAAUGCUUCCUCCUGGCCACCAUGGCAUAUGACUAUGUAGCCAUCUGCAGUCCCUUGCACUACCCAGUCAUCAUGAACCAAAGGACACGUGCCAAACUGGCUCUUGCCUCCUGGUUUCCAGGCUUUCCCGUAGCUACUGUGCAGACCACGUGGCUCUUCAGCUUUCCAUUCUGUGGCACCAACAAGGUGAAUCACUUCUUCUGUGACAGCCCACCUGUGCUGAGGCUGGUCUGUGCAGACACAGCACUGUUUGAGAUCUAUGCAAUUGUUGGCACCGUUCUUGUUGUCAUGACACCCUGCUUGCUGAUCCUGUGUUCCUAUACUCGCAUUGCUGCUGCCAUCCUUAAGAUUCCAUCAGCUAAAGGGAAGCAUAAAGCGUUCUCUACCUGCUCCUCCCACCUCCUUGUUGUCUCCCUGUUCUAUCCUAUUUGGGACUCCUCUGCUCUCUACCUUUCUCUGUUGGGAUGA